AUGAUCACCUCUGCCAGGCUACAGGCUCAAGCACACAACGAUGAUGUCUUCUGGAAACAAAUUCACAACAGUCGAGGCGGUGUCCGCACCAAGUACCAAUUCCAAGAGGGUGACUUUGGGACUGCUUUUCAGGCUCUUCGCAGGCUUCUGCGCUCUUUGGGACUAUGGGAAGUUAUGACCACCGGCUUAACCCCUUUCAGCGAAGAUGGCAAUCAGGAAGAGAAAGAUGAGCGGGAAGUUCUUGAGGCAUGGGCCGUGAACCAUACGCUGCCGUUCAUCUGCGGUUCCAUCCUCGAUCGAUGGACACUCGAACGACCUGUUAAUGGACCCCGGCUGUUGAAUUUCUUGGAGACGACUGCGUGCAAGCCCUUUCGCCUAGUCGAUCUCCCACGCGAGCUCCGCGAUAAGGUCUACGAUCGCUUCGGCUUCUCGACUCCUGCUAUCCAGAAGCUCACAGCGAACCCGCGCGAAUGGUUAGAGGACUCAGCUGAGCCCCGACUCGAACCCGACGAUCGGUACGACUUCUGGCCAAAGAUGAGCAAGGAAUGGAAGGCAUACAUGUCCUGGGCGAAGACGUGCAGACUGUGGGAGAACGAAGCAUUCAGGUGGGACAGCGCCUUCGUGAGGUUGUCGCUAGUAUCUCAAGAAUUUCGCAACGCAGCCGUGGAGAGAUAUUUUGCCGGGAGCAAACUCCACAUCGAUACCGGCCGUCGCCUAGAUCCACUGUUGGGAUGGGCUGAUAAAGUCGGCAUGAACAAGCUUCGGCACCUUCGCUAUAUGCAUGUCGGAAUCAACUGGUACCGUGGCGAGAACGACUACUUCACUGUAUCGUUUCACUUACUCCGGGGCUUGAAAGCAGAAUAUCAGCCAGCCCAGGACGACUACGGCGAGGCGAAGCGGGCGACCGACAAGCGGGUGAGCGAGUACACCAUGUGGGUAUCUCGCCACGCUAUUACGGAGGGUUGGAACAGCACAGGCGUGAUCGACUUCUUUGUAGCGGACCCUGACGCCCUGAGGAUAGCAUGUUGGGGCUCGCACUACAAUUCAGGAACGUCGUUAGGAUAUUUCGAUGCGGGAUGGGGAGGAUGGAACGAGGAGCUCGAAUCAAUCGAUGAGCGAAAUGCCUAUGAGGUGGCAUACGGUCGCAUAGAGCCAUGCUUGUUUGAGGCACCAGGCCUACUCUGGGUCUCGGCCUUUGCCUUCUCGACAUCAUGGUCAUCGGGAGCGGUUCACACCGAGUAUCAGUUCCGCGAAGGAGACUUCACCACCGGCCUCAACUCCAUCAAGAGACUCCUGGAGUCACACGGACUAUGGGAUGUCAUGACCAACCCCAGUCCGCUCGGUGAACAGGCCAGUGAGGAGGAAAGGGAGCAACGUGACGUGCGCGAAAGUUGGGCCGUCAAUCACACCCUGCCUUUCAUAUGCGACUCAAUCCUGGACCGCUACACCUUGGACCGCCCCAUAUCUGGCUUCGAAUUGCUGAAGUUUUUGGAGAAAGCUUGCCAGCCGUUUCCAUUCCUCGACCUUCCACCGGAACUUCGCGAGGCAGUCUACGAUUGCACCGGCUGGGGGCUUCCUGCUUACGCAAAAAGUCCUUUACGAGGACAGUCUGCAUUGGGGAACACCACGACUGGCCCUGGCGCAACACCUGGCAGCUGA